AUGCCAGAAUCGACACAACAAUCCCACAUCAGUUUGGACCACGAAAAAAAACAGGACCCCCCAGCUGGGUUCUUUGAAAGAACGGUUAAUAAGCCAAAUGUUCCUGAUUUGGAAACUUAUCAAAAGUGGUAUAAACAAUCCAUUGAAGAUCCAAAUGCAUUUUUUGGAGAUCAAGCCAAAAAGCAUUUGGAUUGGUAUAGACCAUUUGAUUUAGCUCGUUUCCCAGUUGAUCCAAAACAUGAUUUUGAACAUGGAGAUUUACCAGCUUGGUUUAUUAAUGGUCAAUUGAAUGCUUCUUAUAAUGCUGUUGAUCGUUGGGCUAUUAAAAAUCCAGAUAAGCCAGCUAUUAUUUACGAAGCUGAUGAACCAAAUCAAGGUAGAAUUAUUACUUAUGGUGAACUUUUAAAACAAGUUAGUAAAUUAGCUCAAGCUUUAACUAAAUUAGGAGUUAAAAAGGGUGAUUCAGUUGCUGUUUAUUUACCAAUGAUUCCAGAAGCAGUGGUAACUUUAUUAGCCAUUGUUAGAAUUGGUGCUAUGCAUUCAGUUGUUUUUGCUGGUUUCUCAUCAACAUCUUUGAAAGAUCGUAUUUUAGAUGGUGAUUCUAGAAUUGUUAUUACAGCUGAUGAAUCUAAGAGAGGUGGAAAAACCAUUGAAACUAAAAAGAUUGUUGAUGAUGCACUUAAGGAUUGUCCUAAAGUUCGUAAUGUCAUUGUCUUUAAAAGAACUGGUAAUCCUCAUGUUCCAUUUAAUUCUGGUAGAGAUUUAUGGUGGCAUGAUGAAUUGAAUAAGUAUGGACCUUAUUUCCCACCUGUUCCUGUAAAUGCUGAAGAUCCAUUAUUUUUAUUAUAUACUUCUGGAUCUACUGGUAAACCAAAGGGGGUACAACAUAAUACUGCUGGUUAUUUAUUAGGAGCUGUAUUAUCAACAAAGUAUACUUUUGAUGUACAUGAAGAUGAUAUUCUUUUCACUGCUGGUGAUAUUGGUUGGAUUACUGGUCAUACUUAUGUUGUUUAUGGUCCAUUAUUAGCUGGUGCAGCUACCGUUGUAUUUGAAGGUACUCCUGCUUAUCCAAAUUAUUCAAGAUAUUGGGAAAUUGUAGACAAGUAUAAGGUUAAUCAAUUUUAUGUUGCACCAACUGCUUUAAGAUUAUUAAAGAGAGCUGGUACCAAAUAUGUUGAAAAAUAUGAUUUAUCAUCUCUUAGAGCCUUAGGAUCAGUUGGUGAACCAAUUGCAGCUGAAGUUUGGCAUUGGUAUAAUGAUAAUAUUGGUAGAGGUAAAGCUCAUAUUGUUGAUACAUAUUGGCAAACUGAAUCUGGUUCUCAUUUAUUAACUCCAUUAGCUGGUACAACUCCAACUAAACCAGGUUCUGCUUCUUUACCAUUCUUUGGUAUUAAACCAAUUAUUUUAGAUCCAACUACUGGAGCUGAAUUAUCUCAAAAUGAUGUUGAAGGUGUUCUUGCUAUUAAGAAUGCUUGGCCAUCAAUUGCUAGAGGUAUUUAUAAUGAUUAUAACAGAUUUAUUGAUACUUAUUUAAAGCCUUAUCAAAACUAUUACUUUUCUGGUGAUGGAGCUGCUAGAGAUAAUGAUGGAUUCUAUUGGAUUUUAGGUAGAGUUGAUGAUGUUGUUAAUGUAUCUGGUCAUAGAUUAUCUACUGCUGAAAUUGAAGCUGCAUUGAUUGAACAUGAUUUAGUAGCUGAAUCAGCUGUUGUAGGUUAUGCUGAUGAUUUGACUGGUCAAGCUGUCGCAGCCUAUGUAUCUUUAAAGAAGGAUAAAAUUCCUGAAGAUGCUGAUUUAGAUACUGUUAAGAAAGAAUUAAUCUUAACUGUCAGAAAAGAAAUUGGACCAUUUGCUGCUCCAAAGACUAUUUUAUUGGUAGAUGAUUUACCAAAGACUAGAUCUGGUAAGAUUAUGAGAAGAAUCUUGAGAAAAGUUUUGGCUGGUGAAGAAGAUCAAUUAGGUGAUAUCUCUACUUUAUCUAAUCCACAAGCUGUUCAACAAAUCAUUCAAGUUGUUCAUGCUUCUCUUAAGAAGGCCUAG